UAUAAUAGGUCAAUUCGACUCAGAGCAUCACAGUUUCGUGUGAGCUUCACAUUUGGUUGUUACAGCUUGGACCAUUUUCAAUUAUUCUACAAUGAAACUGUUCAUCGUCGCCGGUCUUGUUGCAGUCUGCGCUGCUGGACGUUUGGAAAACUUAGAGCGCUCCUACCUCCCCCCAGACCAGGGUGGUAACAGCCUGGGUGGAUUCGGUUCCAACGGCAACAGUUUCGGCAAAGGAUCCAACGGUUUCGGCAGUGGCUCUCAGGGAUCUUUCGGAGGCUCCAAUGGAUUCGGCUCGGGCGGCGCUGGCGGAUUUGGCUCUUCAGGAUCAAAUGGAUUUGGCUCUUCUGGAUCAAAUGGAUUCGGAUCGUCUGGUUCCAAUGGAUUAGGUUCGUCGGGCUCUUUCGGUGCCGCUACUUCCAACCAGUACCUUCCUCCCAACCGUGGAUCAUCUGGAGGCAACGGUCAAUUCGGCUCCCAGAAUGGUGGAUCCCACUUUGGCGGCGUGUCAACUAGCUCUCGCUUCGGUGGUCAAUCGUCCAACUCCCAAUUUGGAGCUCAAUCUGGUUCUCAGUUUGGAUCCCAAACCCCAAGCUCGCAAUACGGCGCCCCCAGCAGCGGUCCCAGCAACCAGUACUUAGCUCCUGGUAACGGCCCAAGCUCUCAAUACGGCCAGCCCCAGUUCGGUUCAGCUGGAUCCUCCGGCUCGCAAUCUGGUCGCUUUAGCCAGCAGUACCAGAGCUCAUCCCAGUCGGGCGCUGCCAGCCGUCAAUACUUGGCUCCCAAAUCCUCGAACAACUUCCAGAACAUUCCCCAGCAGAGUUUCGACGAGCAGACCGGCUACCACUAUUAGGUACUAACUGCAUUAGAAAAUUUCAUGUGUUCUAAAAUGUAUAGAUUUGCAAUUUAUUAAAUAAAAGUGUAAUAUAAUUA